AGUUGUACUCAUGCAGGGCUUUCAGGAUGCAGCCGACACUGAGGGGAGGGGACAGGAGGCGGGGGGCUGACCGCGCUCUCGCCUCGCGCACUGCUUGAGCUCCCGUCGGGCCGAAACAGUCGCUGAGAAUCCGUCUUUUCCACAGACGACUCCGCGGACUUUGCGAGUAAUCCCGUGGGUCACAAAAGCGCCACGAUGACUCACUUUAAUAAGGGACCAGCCUACGGCCUGUCUGCUGAAGUCAAGAGCAAAAUUGCUCAAAAAUAUGACCCACAGAAAGAGGAGGAGCUCCGUUUCUGGAUUGAAGAGGUGACCGGAAUGUCUAUUGGAGAGAAUUUCCAGAAAGGCUUGAAGGAUGGGGUCAUCCUCUGCGAACUGAUUAAUAAGCUGCAGCCUGGUUCAGUGAAGAAAAUCAACCUUUCACAGCUCAACUGGCACAAGCUGGAAAACCUCGGGAAUUUCAUAAAAGCUAUCCUGGCCUACGGCCUGAAGCCCAAUGACAUCUUUGAGGCCAAUGACCUGUUUGAAAACGGAAACAUGACUCAAGUCCAGACAACACUACUCGCACUGGCUAGCAUGGCUAAGACUAAAGGCAUUGACACAAAGAUCGAUAUCGGAGUGAAAUAUGCAGACAAACAAGCUCGACACUUCGAUGAUGAGAAGAUCAAGGCUGGCCAGUGUGUCAUCGGACUGCAGAUGGGAACAAACAAGUGUGCGAGUCAGGCUGGAAUGACUGCGUAUGGAACGAGACGACAUCUGUACGAUCCAAAGACUCACACUGACAAACCUUAUGACCAGACUACCAUCAGCCUGCAGAUGGGCACCAACAAAGGAGCCAGCCAGGCGGGCAUGCCGGCCCCCGGCACUCGCAGAGACAUCUUUGAUCAGAAAGUGGCCGUGCAGCCGCUGGACAACACCACCAUCUCUCUGCAGAUGGGCACCAACAAGGUGGCGUCUCAGAAAGGAAUGAGCGUGUACGGGCUGGGCCGCCAGGUUUACGACCCCAAGUACUGCGCCCCCCCCACCGAGCCGGUCGUCCACACUAACGGCAGCCAAGGCACCGGCACCAACGGUUCCGACAUCAGCGACAGUGACUAUCAGGCUGAAUUCCACGAGGACGAGUACCACGCCGGCUACCACCACGACUACCAUUACAACGAUCAGAACAUCUGCUAGUCGGGCUCUCCACCUGUUAGCAGAUGUGUUUUAUCACUACAACAGAGCAAGUCUUUUGCUAUCGCUAGUCUUUUUAUUCUCUGUUAUCUGAAACGUUGCUUUGUAUUUCAUCUUCACCUAGACUUUGAUCUCAGCUCCAAAGUUUGUAAGACGUAGCAUAGAAUCACCACACGCACACAGUGGCAGAUGCCGUUUUUAAGCUAAUAGCCUCUUUUAUCAAAGAAAUGAUGGCUCCAAGAGCACGUACCUCGUUUGGCGUUCAUGCUAAUGGCUAGACCGGAGUAGUCCUGAAUUCCCAGCCUCCCUUUGCUCUUUGUUGUUCUGUGCCCUCUUGUUUGGCCGAGCUGUAUUUAUGUGCAGUGUCCCAAAGUAAAGCAGUCUGCUUUUUACAAUGAAAACGACAUGUUAUAAAUAAAGUUUUAAAUCUUUAAUGUUAAACCUGGACCACGCACUAAUCCCAGCCUAUAACAUGCUUCUACUGCUAACAUGGAAAUCAGGUCACGUCUGUGGAAAGAGGCUCCGAGCGUGCAGUUGUGAGGUGAAGCGCUCGCUCUGAUUGGAGGCUGACAUCAGCGCUCGUAGUUGGGGAACAGACUGUAACCACUCCCCCACACAGGUACGGUGCUAACAGGCGUCGUCUGUGACAAGAGUGUGUGACCCCAAAUGUAAUCAUCUGUAGAUCCUAAUAGGAGAUAUUCAGAGUACCUGAAUCGUAUGAUGGCAACGAUGGACCGGUGCACGGUACUUUAACAAUCAGAGCCUGAAUCACACACACACUCAUACAGAUGCUUUAUUCUGUGCUGAAGUACUUUCCACCUCACAUGCAUACACAGAGUCAUCAGAGGCAAUUCGCCAAAUUGCCUCUGAACAUGUUGCAUUUACGUGGGAGAAGCCAGGAAUUCAACCAACAACCUCCUGAUUGGUAGCACCGGCUCCCUAGCAGCGGCUGUUCCUAACAAGGACUAAAGUACCCUCCUCUUCAGGUCUGGGUUUCAUCCUAUUCCCCCUGUGGCUGCUUUCUCUCACCGCACAGACACGUGUGCUAGGUUGAAGGAAUAAUGUGGUGUCCCUGCUGGAAUGACCGAUCCAGGCUUUCCAGCCUCCCUGUGUGUAGCUAGUCGAUGUAGUGUGCAGUAGACGCUGUUAAACAGUACAGGAAUGUUACUCUAUUACUACUUUUUAUCUGGGGAGUAUAUCAUGUCUACAUUUAUGUAACAAUGUAGCGUUGCAAACAUGAAAGGCAGAAGUGAAAAUAAACCCUGUAAAUUCCAA